AUGACAAUAGAGAAAAAUAAAGUAGUCAUAUACUUCUGUUCAACAACGGUGCCAUCUAUUGAUAAGAAUCCCCACGUUGCAAUAAGGUUGUUCAGAGGAACAGCCGAAGGCGAUCGCCGUACAAUUUCGCUUAAAUCGACUUGUGGGGGGUUGAUGCGAAAUAAUUUAAGUAAUACUUGUGAUCUGAGCGACAUCAAGUUAUUGAAUCAUGGCAGCAACAGGAUUAUGUGGAUUAAAAUGUGA